GGCAGAACGACCGCAGGAAGAUGAGAACGAAGAUGGAGACAAAGGAGGGGUGGACCAAGAAUGGAUACUUAUGGACGCGGGGAGACGUCGGAGGAUUCAGACCGAGAGGGUACACGUUUGUGCCAGAGUUGAGAAGGGCGAGUUCCUUUCAUUAUUCGACUUUUUGUUUUCUGAUAUUCGAGGUUGGAGGAGCGCAGUCGAGAUGCUGUUCUUGGAGGACAAUUGGGAGAGGAGAGGACAAGGUGAGUGAGUGUUUAGAACGAGAGCAUUCGAGGACUGUCUCGGACGAUGGGCGGCCGUGAUUGGCCAGACGGAGGCUAGAUGCCACGCGAGUGGCGCGGCACGCGGCGGACGAAGGCGCUUACCGUAUCGAAAGCAGUCCUCCUUGUUCUCCCCAGACAGUCAUUGUCCGCUCCCACUGCGCCAGCCAGCCUCUGCACAAGCACUACCCACACAUCAUACGUAUCGUACAUCGUUGAGCAGUUAUGCAGUCUACAGCGAAGAGCACUGAGGACGUGCUCGACGCCUGGAGCAGCCCCGCCACACAAACACAUAUGAUCUCUAGCCACAUACAGGUCCUGCCGAGACCUGUAUACGGCGCUGAGACCGCAACGUCUUUCACCAGCAUGGAGGCAUUCAUACCUCGACCACAAGCGAAGACAAAGGUGCGCCGUGCACAAGAUGCAAAGCCGAUGUCCUACUCCAGUGCCGUCUCUGGCACACAACAACGCCCCACAUCCAUAACCCCCUCCGUCUCUGCACCCAUGCCCAGCACAAGCACAACCAGAACCUUGCAAUGGUUCGAGCAGCACUACGCAGGGAUCCCCAUCGUCGACAGCAUCUCGCCCGACGCAUGGUCUCUCUUACCCGACGAGUGGGUCACCGCCGCCGCCUCCGCCACCCCAUCCUACGUGCACAGAACGGCCCUAGCUACACUCACCCCCUCAGCCUCGUCCGCAUCCUCAUCCUCUUCGCCAACCAACACAAUCGACACCCUGCCCCGCUCCCCAUCGCUCUCACCGUAUCAUGCCCUCCCCUUCAACCCCGCCAUGAUACUCCCUCACCACGCCCACGACAGUGUCUACGCCCCACGCGCACUCCGCGCCCGAUCCGCAUCCACCGCAUCGACAUCCACCCUCCCCGAGAUCACGUCCGAUGGCAGCCCCCGCCUCAGUCUUGUUGGCAAGCCGCCCCCGGAGCUGACUCAAGCUUAUCAGUUCAACUUCUCCUUCAACCCCGGCGCGAAAGCCUUCAUACCUGCCUUUCCUCCCCUCGUAUCCACAUCCACAUCUGCAUCUAGUUCUACGCCGACGACGAGGCCAGCAGUGUUAAAUUCGAGCUCGACGACUACGCUCUCGUCUACCGCGUCCGCCGCAGGAUCCAGCACGGCUACACAUUCCGCUUGCACAUCUACUACCUCCCUCUCCGGCGGCAGCGCACCCACAUCGCCUUCUCUCCCUCACAAACUCUCCACCACCACACGCACAGCACCCAUCAACUGCCCAUACCCCACCGCCGCUGCUAUCACUGCUGCUCGCGAUGAAGGUGGUGUAGCCCCAAACAUCGAGAUCAUCCCCGAUCAAAAGAUCGUCCCGCCCCCGCCACCGCCCACUCCCCCACUCGACAUCCUGCACUACGACCCCCUAUCCCGCGCCUGUCCUGUUGCACAAUACCCACCUUCUACACCCUACUUCAGACCUUGGGCGCCCGCGUUCGAGAGGGCUAUUGAGUACUGCUAUGGACGGGGUUAUCCUUCUGCGUCGGCGAGUGGUAAGGGCAAGGGCCGCGCAUUCUUCUCCUCUUCCUACUUUUCCGACGACGACGAUGAUGAUGUCUACGUGGCAGAGGAUGUGGGAGAGGGGAGGGGGAAAGAGAGGUGGGUGGAGAGAGAGAUGGAGAUGGAGAGAUGCGCGGAGGCGGUGGUUUGUAUGCGUGAUUGGGACGGGAGGAGGAUGAAGGAUCUGGCGUGGUGUGUUGUUUAUGCUGCGUCGGAUGCGAGUUUGAGACCGGCACAUUCGUCGGGGAGGGAGGGCUCUAUUCUCAGCUCUCCAAAACUCUCAGCACGGAGCGCUCCAUCUGAUGACAAUGGUGAGGUGGAUGUCGAUGGUGGGGAGGGUGGUGGUGGGACCAGGGAGGCAGGAGGACACACCCAUCCAGACGUCGCACUCUUCACAACACAACUCGUCGACGCCUUCGGGAGAUUCUACGGAACGGAAAUGAGGAGUGAGUUUGUGGGCUAUUUGAGGGAGUAUGGGAGGGAGACGUUCGUGGGUUGGUGGGAGGUUGACUCGACGAACUCGAUAUUUCGACCUUUGCUCACUGCGCCUCCCCUCCUCCCAAUGCCUACCCUGGCCCUGGGCGAGGCGCACCAGAAGCAACCUCGCUCCGAGGCAUACGAGACGCGGCUCCGGGACGUGUACGAGAAACAGCAGAGGAGCGAGUACAACAAACAACAAAGGAGCGAAUACGAGAAGCAGCAGCGGAGCGAGUACGAGAAGCAGCGACGACGAAGGGAACGACGCGAAUUGGAGACCCAGGCGAAUUUGCAGGCUGCGCUGGCGUUGACGAGGUGGUUGGCUAGGUUGUUCAUGCUUUCGUCUGGUCCUUCGACUCCUUCCGCCGAGUCUCCUGCGCCUGCCCCUCAUAGUUCUACUGAGGAGGAGGACUUAGAGUUGGACGGUGCUGGUUUCAACUCCGCCGAGGAUGGUCCCCAUGACGGUGUUGGUUCGAGUGGGAGUGCCGGUCCUGGUCUGAGUGUCAGCACAAGCCCGAUCAUCGACGCCGCGCAAAUGCUCGAAUGCAUCGACGUGCUUUGUGCCCCCCCGCCGCACAGUAGAUUUGGAGCGCACGACCUGGACCUGGACGACGACGUGCAGAUACAAAUGGCCAUGGCGCGCGCAGCGGGUCUCUUCGAGCUCGUGGGCAACACGGAGGAGAGCGUGCUCUGGAGCGGGAUCGCAGAGGUUUUGGACGAUCUCCAUCAAUCCCAUAUCGAGGACACAGAAGGGGAUUGGCUCACGGAGGAGGACGAGAGGUAUGCGAUGGAGCGAUAUCCCUUAGGCGGAGGGAGGCGGAGGGAGAGGGGGGAAGAGAGGGAGUUGGGAGAUGUUAUGGAUAAGGUGUUGGGGGCUUUGGGGUGUGGUGGUAUGUCUUUCCCCAUGCCCGUGCCCGUGUCCAUGCCUAUGCCUGGACUCGAGCUUGAGUCUGCGUGGUGAGGUGAGGUGAGGUGAGGCGAUCGUGAAGGUUGCUGUUCUUAGUUCUUAGUUCUUAGUUCGCAGUUCGCAGUUUCUUCGCACCGCGUUCGCGUUUUGGUACCUUCAGCUUACGAUGGAUCGGUUCCUAUAUUUUUUACAUCCCGUCAUCGACCUCUACUUCGUCUCCAGUGCGACCUCCAUAUCUCCUCUCCACAUACACCCUCUCCCACGGUGUCUCUUUCCUCGUUUCCUCGUUUCCGCUUUCCGCUUUCUAUUUCAGUAUGGAGCCCGUGUUUUGAGUACUUACCAGUCGAAGUCGUAGCCGUAGUCGUCGUCGUUGUUCGUUAGCUUUUUC